CUAUUAGUUCUCUUCCAUAAAAAACAUAACAAUGACUUCUUGUGCACUCGGAAAUGUUUUCUCGAAAACCAAGGAGACCGCCAGGAUUGUAAUUAUCGGCGCUGGUCCCUCUGGUAUUGCUGCUGCCACCAAACUCCUAGAGCAAGGAUUUCGCAAUGUCCAGCUUUACGAAGCGGAGGAUCGCAUUGGUGGCAGAAUCAAAACUGUGCCCUUUGCUGAUAGCUUCAUCGAUCUGGGUGCCCAGUGGUGUCACGGCGAGCAGGGCAAUGUGGUCUUCGAGAGAGUUAAGGACCUGGAUGUCCUAGACAGAACCGCCGAUCAGUCCCUACACUUUGUGCGCUCCAACAAGGAGAUUCUGGACGAGAAACAGACCAACCCUCUCAAGGAAUUCGUGGACGCCUUCGAGGUGAACGCGGAUUGGGAAGGAUCCGUGGGUGAUAGCUUCACCAACCACUACUGGAACACGGUGGGAAAGGACCUAGAUCGAACCAUAGCUAAGGAGGCGCUGAGUGCCAUGAUGAAGCACAUCUGCAGCGCGGAUGCCUGCGAUCAUCUGUUCGAGCUCUCGCCCAGGAACUAUAGGAACUUUCACCUUGCCGACGGCGAUCAAAAUCUCAGCUGGCGACGAAAGGGAUUCUGGUAUUUCCUGAGUCUCCUGCUCGAGGCCAAAGAGGAUCAGCCAGGGGAUCAGGGCUGCCUCCAGGGUCAUGUUCAUCUCAACAGGAGAAUAGCCGAGAUUAAUUGGAAGGGCAACGGUGAGUUGACUCUACGCUGCUGGAAUGGAGAGAUUGUCACAGCGGAUCAUGUAAUCUGCACCGUCUCCCUGGGUGUCCUCAAGGAGAAGCAUGAGAAGCUAUUUGUUCCAGAUCUUCCCUUGGCCAAAGUGCGAGCCAUUGAGGGACUCAAGCUGGGCACCGUCAACAAGUUCAUAAUGGAGUUUGAGAAGCAUCCGUUCCCGGAGAAUUUGAAUAAUGUGGCCAUACUCUGGCUGGAGGCUGAUCUCCUGGAGCUGCGUGGCUCGGAAUUCUUCUGACUGGAGAGCGUCUGUAGCUUCCAUCGCGUGGACAGGCAGCCCACUUUGCUGGAGGGUUGGAUUAUUGGUGCCCAUGCCCGGUAUAUGGAGACUCUGGGAGAGGAGAAGGUCCUGGAGGGUCUCUUGUGGCUUUUCCGAAAGUUCUUCACCUUCGAUGUGCCCCGGCCGAAGCACUUCAUCCGCACGCAAUGGCAUUCUAAUCCCAACUUCCGUGGUAGCUAUAGUUUCUAUCCCACUUAUGCCGAUGAUCUGCGGACAGGACGCACGGAUCUAGCUUCACCUUUGGUGGAUGUGACAAAUGGCAGACCAAGAGUGCAGUUUGCCGGUGAGGCCACCAGUGGGAAUCAUUGGUCUACGGUCCAUGGAGCCACUGAGUCAGGAUGGCGAGAGGCAGAGCGUCUUGUGGAUUUCUACAAGGCCAAGGCUCAGAAUUAAAUCCUGAAAAUUUAACUUAUUGGAAAAGUGAGCAAAAAAAUUG